GAAGGAGGAGGCGAGGCAAGGCUGUCUCUCGGAGGUACUGCCGCUAGCCGCCGAGCUGAGUGCACACGCUGCUAUGACUCUGGAGGAGAUCCACGGACAGCACGCUUUGCCGACAGAACACGACUGGAUGCAGGGUGCCAGCAAGGCCCUCCACGAGCUGCUGGUGUCGGCUCAGCGCCGCGGCUGCCUCACGGCCGGCGUCUACGAGUCGGCCAAGCUGAUGAAUGUCGAUCCCGACAACGUAGCCUUCUGUGUGCUGGCCGCGGACGAGGAGGAUGAGGGGGACAUUGCCUUGCAGAUUCACUUCACCCUGAUCCAAGCCUUCUGCUGCGAGAAUGAUAUUGACAUCGUGCGGGUGAACGACUUGGCCAAGCUGGCUGCUAUUGUGGGUCCCAGCGAGGACUCUGGGGAGCCGCGGGACUUCCACUGCAUCCUCAUCAUGAACCCGAGUGAAGAAGGCUGGAAGGACCCAUCUCUAGAAAAGCUGAACUCUUUUUGUGAAGCUAGUCGAAAUGUCAAUGACUGGGUGCCGACUGUCCCCCUGCCUGAGUGAUGGUGACCCAGUACAUCUGGGGAGGCUGAAACCUUUGUUGCAUUCUCUAUGUGGUAUGGGUUCACCAUUGUGCAACAAGCUGCUGAUUCCAUGGAUUAGCCUGGUCAAGAGACUGGAUUAAAGUCACUCAGACUGGCAUGCAGUGGGCUCUUACAGAGGAGAAAGAGAGCAGCUCACAUCACUAGUGAGCCUCAGUAGGCUGCAAGUGUGGAAAGGCUGACAUACCAUGGAACUGAAAGAAGUAUUGCAAGUUUCCUGGUCAAGUGGAGCUGUUUCAGAAGGCAGAGAGAAAGUUGAGGGAAGUGGGCCGAAACUUUCCAGAAGGACUGGACAGAGUAUUGUAACUAGGAGCUGUUCAUACUGUCUGCAAAACACGGAAGGAAGUUUGUUUUGAUGGACUACCUGGUUACUAAAUUAGAUUCCAAAGUAGACUUUAACAGGCCUCUUGGGUCACUCUGCAGAAUUAGUUUAAUAAUGCAAUAAUUUCUAUUGAACUGUUUGCUGCUGUUGAAGCUUUCAUAAUAAAUCUUUUGACAAUUAA